AUGACCAUGGCAAGCCCUCAGGGGAACGCGGUCUUCCCGCGGAGCCACGUCGGCUUUGACAGCAUCACUCAACAGAUCGAGAAGAAGUUGCUCAAGAGAGGAUUCCAGUUCAACAUCAUCUGUGUCGGUCAAACCGGUCUCGGAAAGUCUACUUUGAUCAACACCAUCUUUGCCUCGCAUCUCAUCGAUUCCAAAGGCCGCCUGCGACCAGAUGAACAGAUCCGUUCCACCACCGAGAUCCAGACCGUCUCACACAUCAUUGAGGAGCAUGGUGUGCGACUGCGGCUCAAUAUUGUCGAUACUCCCGGCUACGGAGACCUGGUCAACAAUGACAGAUGUUGGGAUCCGAUUGUAAAGUACAUCAAAGAUCAGCAUUCUGCCUACCUCCGAAAAGAGCUCACGGCGCAACGUGAGCGCUACAUCCAGGACACCCGCAUCCAUUGCUGCCUCUUCUUCAUCCAACCUUCUGGUCAUGCACUGAAACCACUGGACAUUGUGGUCUUGAAAAAGCUCUCUGAUGUCGUCAAUGUUGUCCCGGUCAUAGCAAAGGCCGAUUCCCUCACACUCGAAGAACGCCGGGCAUUCAAAGAGCGUAUCAAGGAGGAGUUUGCUUUCCACAACCUCAAGAUGUAUCCAUACGACAAUGAGGAAUUGGAUGACGAGGAGCGAGCCACCAAUGCCACGAUCAAGGAUAUCGUUCCUUUUGCAGUAGUGGGCAGCGAAAAGUCACUCAUUGUCAAUGGCAAACAGGUCCGCGGCAGACAAACUAAAUGGGGCGUCAUUAAUGUCGAGGAUGAGAACCACUGCGAAUUCGUAUACCUGCGAAACUUCCUCACCAGAACUCACCUUCAAGAUCUCAUUGAGACCACCAGCCAAAUCCACUACGAGACAUUCCGAGCCAAGCAACUUUUGGCUCUGAAGGAGAGCAGCGCUGCGAGCGGCAUGGCUGGAAGCAGGCCCAUCAGUCCGGCCGCUGACCGAGAACUGAGCAGAGGUUCACAACGCAUGACUUUGAAUGGAUAUUAA